AUGGUGACCACGUCACCGAUCACAAUGAAGACCAUCAUGGAGAUCAGGACAAUCACGGCGACCAUCAUGACAAUCAAGACCACCAUGCCAAACAUGGCGACCAUCAUGACAAUCAUCAUGACAAUCAAGACCACCAUGACCACCAUCAUGACAAUGAAGACCACCAUGACAAACAUGGUGACCAUCAUGAAAAUCAUCAUGACCACCAUCACGACAAUCAAGAUCACCACGACAAACAUGGCGACCACCAUGACCAUCAUCAUGACCACCAUCAUGACAAUGAAGACCACCAUGACAAACAUGGUGACCAUCAUGAAAAUCAUCAUGACCACCAUCAUGACAAUCAAGGCCACCACGACAAACAUGGCGACCACCAUGACCAUCAUCAUGACCACCAUCAUGACAAUGAAGACCCCCAUGGCAAACAUGGUGACCAUCAUGAAAAUCAUCAUGACCACCAUCAUGACAAUCAAGACCACCAUGACCACCAUCAUGACCGCCAUCAUGACAAUGAAGACCACCAUGGCAAACAUGGCGACCAUCAUGAAAAUCAUCAUGACCACCAUCAUGACAAUGAAGACCACCAUGGCAAACAUGGCGACCAUCAUGAAAAUCAUCAUGACCCCCAUCAUGACAAUCAAGGCCACCACGACAAACAUGGCGACCAUCAUGAAAAUCAUCAUGACCACCAUCAUGACAAUGAAGACCACCAUGGCAAACAUGGUGACCAUCAUGAAAAUCAUCAUGACCCCCAUCAUGACAAUCAAGGCCACCAUGCCAAACAUGGCGACCAUCAUGACAAUCAGCAUGACAAUCAGCAUGACAAUCAACAUGACAAUCAAGACCCCCAUGACCAUCAUCACGACCACCAUCAUGACAAUGAAGUCCACCAUGACAAACAUGGUGACCAUCAUGAAAAUCAUCAUGACCACCAUCAUGACAAUGAAGACCACCAUGGCAAACAUGGUGACCAUCAUGAAAAUCAUCAUGACCACCAUCACGACGAUCAAGACCACAAUGCCAAACAUAGCGACCAUCAUGACCAUCAUCAUGACCACCAUCACGACGAUCAAGACCAUCACGACAAUCAAGAUCACCACGACAAACAUGGCGACCAUCAUGAAAAUCCAGACCACCAUGACAAACAUGGCGACCAUCAUGGUGAUGACCAUCAUGGCGGUGACCAUCAAGGCGACGAUCAUCAAGACGAUGACCAUCAACACGAGGAUCAUCAAGGCGGCGAUCAACAUGAUCAACACCAGACUGACCACAACACUGAUGACACACAUCAAGACGAUGUCCAGGCUGAAACAGUCCAUCAGGGAUAAACUUGAUCCCAUAAUGACUUUAAAUAAACGAGAUUUUUCUCUGAGUACUUUACUUAUACAUAUGUAUUCAUAG